ACUGCACGCAGAACCACUACCAUGGAAUUGCUGCGUCUGGUCCUCGCACAUCCGUAUACCAGUGCGAUUGUGCUGGUUACGGCGUACGUCUUGGGUGUUGUCGUGUAUCGACUCUGGCUGUCACCAAUUGCUUCCUUCCCCGGUCCUCGUCUGGCGGCGCUGACCUCGCUGUACGAAUUCUACUACGAUACGAUCUGCUGCGGCCAGUUCACCUUUCAUAUCGGUCGAUUGCACGAGAAGUAUGGUCCGAUUGUGCGUAUCAGUCCUGACGAGCUGCACGUCAAUGACCCUGACUACUACGAAGUCCUCUACGCCCGUGACACGCCGCGAAACAAGUAUGAGUACUACCAGCGCCCGUUCGGAGCCCCUCUUGCCGUCAUCAAUGCUAUCGAGCACAGCCGACACCGUCUGUUGCGUUCGCAGAUGAACCCUUUCUUUUCCACGGCUCGCAUCCGCCAGCAGGAACCCGCGUUGCGGUCACUGCUCGACAAGCUUUGUCGUCGUCUGGAGGAAUGGAAGGAGACGGGCCGUCCGGUGAACAUCGAGUACCCCUAUACUUGCUUUACGACAGACGUGAUCACCGAUUACACCAUGGGUGACAGAUACCACUAUCUUGACGAACCGGACUUUAUCCCUGCAUGGAAUCAUACUAUGAUGGGAACGGCCAAGACGUUGGUCUUCUUUCGGCCCAUUGCCUGGAUCCUGCCCGUGCUGUUCGCGAUGCCGGAACGGUUGACGGCGUGGUUGAACCCCGGGAUGGAGUUGUUUUUCGCGUUCCAGCGUCGGUGUCGAACGAUGAUUCGGGGCAUCACUGCAGACUACCGCCAGAAAUUUGAUUCUGAGAAAGUGAACGACGGUUACCGACAAAAGACCUUCUUCCACGACAUCCUCGGUAGCAGUCUGCCGGAGCAGGACAAGAGCGCUGAACGGCUGGCGCAGGAGAUGCAGAUUCUAGUGUCAGCUGGAGCAGAGACAACGGCCAAGGCGAUGAGCUACAUCACGUUCUACCUUCUGAAUGACCCAGCGAUCAUGAAGAAGCUGAUGGAAGAGUUGAACACGUUGGACCCGGAGCGGAAUGCAUCAUUGGUGCAACUCGAGCAGAUGCCGUACUUGAACGGAGUUAUGCUGGAAGGACUCAGACUGUCGUACGGAGUGUCAGCACGGCUGCCACGGACCGCGCCGUACCACGCCCUCCAAUUCAAAGACUGGAUGAUUCCGCCCGGGACCCCCGUGAGCAUGAGCUGCGUGCUGAUGCACCACAACGAGGACGUCUUCCCCGACUCGUACCGGUUCAAUCCCGAGCGUUGGACGGAACCGCAAGAACGUAAGCGACUGGAGAAGUACAUGGUGGCGUUCAGCAAGGGAUCGCGACAGUGUGUCGGAAUCAACCUUGCGCGGUCGGAGAUUCUGUUGGUCAUCAGCACGAUUCUGCGGCGAUUCAAGCUGGAACUGUUUGAGACGGACGUGGAGGACGUGAGGGUGAAGCAUGAGAUCUUCAUUCCGUUUGCGAAAAUGGACAGCAAGGGUGUGAGGGUGGUGAUGAAGUAGUAGUCGUUGUGCGAUACGAGUACGUACAGAAACCAGAGACUGUGGACUAUUGUUAUUCCGAUCACGUG